AUGGAGUUCCGGGAAUUCGACGGCGAUGGCCAGCCUUACCCGUCAGAAGUCUUGCCUUUCAUGCCCGAUCAGUUCAUCGGCAUUGUCCCAUACCACAACACCAUCGACUACGACUGGAUCAGAGGAAACGGCCUCACUGGCGAGAACCAAAACUUCUCAACCCAAUGGGUCGAGUGUUUCUAUCCGGUAUCGGGCACAUACGCCGCAACACCGCGCCUGAUCUACUACGCCUUCAUCCUGGCGGCACUGUUCCUCGAACACCUACGGGCCCGAUUCAAGACCGGAUUCGCCUGGUUCCAAGAAGCCCUCGUCGGCGUCAUCAUGGCCUACAGCUCGACGACAGCCAUGCACGCUCUCGUCCUGGCCUCGGCGUGGAAGCGCAUGGCGCCCUCCGGCCUCUUCGACGCGGACAAGCACGAAAUCGUCCAGGUCGAAGGCAACUGGACGGGGACGUACCAGACAGCAACGAACCUCACAUACAACAAGAGCAACGUCACGGCGCAAAACGGGACGCGGGUGCUCAGCGACCACCUCCGGAUGCCCCUGACCCCCAUGGUCCGCGACCACGACGCCGACCCCGUCCUCGCCGUCGUCGGGUCCGCGUUCCUGCUGUACCCGGCCCUGCACGUCUGGCUGGGCACGCUGCACCGUCGCGAGCUCCGUGCGCUGCGGUACGUGUGGUGGGCGUUCCUGCUCGUCGGCACCGUGUCUGCGCUCGUGUACGAGGAGCGGACGCUGUUUUGGUACAUGUGGCAGCUGCGUUUCUGCCCGAGCAUCCCGCAGCAGGACUAUCUGCCUCUCGCGAACAGCUUUCAGGGUGACUACAGCAAAUUUUCCGGGAGAUGGAGCCCGCGCGAUCGGUACAGGUGGAACAGGAUCGUUGGAGAUGAGUUUGUGCGUGGGAACUCGACGACGCACUUCCCGCAGCGCUGCCUGUAUCCGUGCUUCGAGGUCAGUGGGGGUUUCUGGUGA